GCCCCCGUCCGCGGCCACCGCCACCGGCCUCCCCGCCCGCCCAUGGCCAUUCCCCCCCUCGUCGCCAGCGGGGCCGCCGUCGCCACGCUCGCCGUCCUCGGCCUCGCCGUCUACGCCUGCCGCCGCUGGCGCCGGGGCCCGCCCCCCUCCGCGCCCCCGCCUCCCUCGUCCUCCCAGGACGACGAUAUCAACAGGCCUCUAAUAUCAGACAAGUUGGAUGACUACUCAGGCCCAAGCAAUAACCUUGGUAGCAAUAAUGCUGGUGAGUCCACAAUGUGGACAAAUAGGAGCACCACUUCACCGAGGACGCAUCCUCAUCCCACUGAAUCUCAUCCUAUUGAAGGAGAAGUUCAUGUGAUUGAUGUUACAAAUGGUACACCGGAAGAGCUCCAUUUGGGAAGUACGCUGAAGCGUACAGCAGAAGCAAGUGUGCGAGCAUCUGAGGCGAAGCACACAAGAAGGACCUCAGGAGAGAAUAAUAAUGGUGGCAUUCCUGUGAAGGAUAUUACAGUUGGAAGCCACCUAACCUUGGAGGUCAUAGCUGGCCCAUCUCAUGGAAUAAACCGCUACCUGCAGUCAGGUAAUACGUCCAUGCUCCCGAUGACUCUUGGAAGGAUUCCUCAAAGCGACUUGGUGUUCAAGGAUUCUGAGGUGUCAGGAAAGCAUGCACGGAUUGACUGGAAUCAAAAUACGCUCAGAUGGGAACUUGUGGAUAUGGGCAGUUUAAAUGGAACCUUCUUGAAUUCCCAGGCAGUUGCCCAUCCUGAUGUUGGUUCUAGGCGUUGGAGUGAACCUGCCGAACUUGCUGAUGGUGAUAUUAUUACACUUGGGAGUUCAUCAAAAGUAUCUGUUCAAAUUUCACUACAAAAUCAACAAGUGCCAGUAGGAGUUGGUAUGGUAUCUGAUGCAAUGAUAGCGCGUCGAACUGGAAAGAAGCUUCCCAUGGAGGAUGUCAGCUUCUACCAGUAUCCUAUUACUGGUGCUCAACAGUUUGGGCUGUUUGGCAUUUUUGAUGGCCAUGGAGGGGAUGGGGCUGCAAAAGCUGCCAGCAGGAUUCUUCCAGAGAAUGUUGCGAAAAUUCUUUCUGAAAAGGGAACAAUAGAAAGAGUUCUCACAUGUGGUGAUGCUUCUGAUAUUCUUAAGUGUGCAUUUGCCUUGACGGAAGCUGCACUCAAUCAUCAGUAUGAGGGUUGUACAGCAACUGCCCUUCUUAUUUGGUUUGAUCAGAACAAAGAUUGUUUUGCCCAGUGCGCUAAUCUCGGUGACUCGGCAUGUAUUAUGAAUGUCGACGGGAAACCAAUUGCGAUGUCAGAGGAUCAUCGAGUGGUCAGCACAACAGAACGAGCGAGGAUAGCGAAAUUAGGAAAUCCUCUGAAAGAUGGAGAAAGCCGUAUAUGUGGACUGAAUCUUUGCAGGAUGCUUGGUGACAAGUUUCUCAAAGAGCAAGAUCCAAGGUUCAGCUCAGAACCAUAUGUGAGCCCAGUGGUUCAGAUCUCGAAAUCGUCCUCAGCUUUUGCGCUUAUCGCCAGCGAUGGCCUAUGGGAUGUCAUUACUGCGAAAAAGGCAGCACAGCUUGUCCUCGAUUACAAGGAGAGGAACAUGGGCCAGGAAAUCUCAGCGGACGGAGUAGCGGACCAUGUGCUGUGCGAAGCCAGGAACCUGCGGACGAAGGACAACACAUCGGUGAUAUUUUUAGACUUGGACGCCAUGAGAACGGGUCGCCGCGUUGCCAACUGAUUCAUUUCAGUCUAGAGAGAAACCGCCCCGCUCGGCUGCUUCAACCCCAUUGUUUUGUUCUUUUUCCCUUCCUCUUAGAUUGCUUUUACUAGUGGUAUGACUCCUAUCCAGCACUUGAGAGUCGGCGCCUUGCUCCAGAGGCCAAAUACAACAGUUUUUCUUGUCUGCAACCAAAUACAGUACCUUUCUUGUCUGCAACCAAAUUACCCGGGGAGCUGUUUUGUGCGGCUGUGCCUGUAAAGAAUUGUGAGGCGAUGUGUUAGAGGAAUGUUGUUGAACUUUACAUCCUGGGAUCAUAUGUAUGUUUUGGACAAUUCUCCCCAGAUAAUACUCAUAUACUAUAA